AUGAGGCUACAAGGAAAUGGAAAUAGUGAUGAACUAAAAAAGUUUUAUGAAUGGAUUUUGAAAGUUGGAGAUGGAAAACUUGCUGUUCCAAACGAUGGUUAUGCAGAUAUAGAUAUUCCAAAAGACCUUCUGAUUCUUGAUUAUGAUGAUCCUAUACAUGCAAUAGUUCACAGUACUUAUCCAAACUUGAUUGAACAUUACAAGUCUGCGAAUUUCCUACAAAGCAGAGCAAUAUUGGCCUCAACAACUGAAGUUGUUGAUCAGAUCAAUUCCUAUGUUCUAACCUUGAUCCCAGAGUUUCUUAAUUCUCUUCGGACAUCUGGUCUGCCAAAUCACAAAAUAACUUUGAAAAUUGGAACACCAAUCAUGCUCAUGAGGAAUCUUGAUCCAUCGGAAGGAUUGUGUAAUGGUACUAGGUUGAUAGUAACCAAACUUGCAAAUCAUGUCAUUGAGGCUAGAAUAAUCAGUGGCAAAAAUAAUGGUGGGGUUCUUUACAUUCCUAAAAUGAAAAUGUCUCCAUCUUAA